AGCAGCAACGCGGAGGAAACGGGAGUGAACUGAGAGCGUAGUGACCAUCAUGAGCCUCCUCAACAAGCCUAAGAGUGAGAUGACCCCAGAGGAGCUGCAGAAGCGUGAGGAGGACGAAUUUAACACGGGUCCACUUUCUGUACUCACACAGUCAGUCAAGAACAACACCCAAGUGCUCAUCAACUGUCGCAACAGUAAGAAACUCCUGGGCCACGUCAAGGCCUUUGAAAGGCACUGUAACAUGGUGCUGGAGAACAUGAAAGAGAUGUGGACUGAGGUACCCAAGAGCAGCAAGGGCAAGAAGAAGUCCAAGACAGUCAACAAAGACUGCUAUAUCUCCAAGAUGUUCCUGCACGGGGACUUCGUCAUUGUGGUCCUGCGGAACCCUCUCAUCACCGGCAAGUAGGGGCCACCUAUCUGUCGACAGAACUCACUCUGCUGGCCUAUGAAGACUGCUGCCAUUGGUGUUGAGAAUAAUAGAGCUCUGUGUUUUUUUCUAGUGGAAAAAAAAAAAAGAAAAGAAAA